UGUUUGUCAACGGCCUUUAGCCACUUAGGACAUACCGGUACCCGUAAGAUCACCGAAGUCAAGCUAAGCGGGCACGAUUCUCGCCAAAGAUUGGUGACCGUGUGCUGUUGGCAAAUGAAUAAGCGGAAAGCGGAUAAUGAAUAAUGAAACGAAUAAGGCAAUGCAAUGUAAAAAAAAAGUAAUGGAAAUAAUUGACAAAAAGUUCGUUGGGCAAAAGAGGGGCUAAUAAAAGCACCUGGACUCAAAUGUUCCCGCUGGUUACCUUGACCGACGGAGUAGCUUGUUCCGCGACAUCUUUAAAAUAGAGCAUGAAGUAUUUCGUUUAACAUACUAUAUUCAUGUAAUUAAACAGGGCUGAUGAUCUUUAUGAUUUUACUUAUUCUGCGGUAAGUAUCAGCUGUUCGGUGACAGUUUGCCAGCCGUAGUAGAGUGUUGAGGUUUAUUGUUUGGAAAGCAAUAUGGCUAUCUGGUGAUUAGUAACAGUGCGAUACGUAGACAAAAGAACAACGCAGUUCUCAUGAUAUUUGGAGACGCGUUGUGCGUUCAUUUCUAGUUGGUUUAAGUAAGAAAAAACAAGAGAAUCGUAGUAAAAUGUUGGAACUCGAGGUGGUUCCCGAGAGAUCCCUCGGUUGCGAACAGUGGGAAUUUAUUUUAGGGAUGCAUUUUUCUCAAUCUGUGUCAAUAAUACAAUCCCAAGUGGGCAUUAUAAGGGGAGUGCAAGUACUUUAUAGUGAUAGUAAUCCUUUAGAUGUAGAUUUAGUAAUAAACUUACCUCAUGAUGGCGUUCGGCUUAUAUUUGAUCCUGUGGUGCAAAGGCUCAAAAUAAUUGAAAUUUAUAAUAUGAAAUUAGUUAAACUUAAAUACUGUGGUUUACCAUUCAAUUCACCAGAGGUUUUGCCAUCUAUUGAACAGAUUGAGCAUUCGUUUGGAGCAACCCACCCUGGUGUUUAUGAUAGUGACAAACAAGUAUUUGUAUUAAACUUUAGAGGACUAUCAUUCUACUUUCCCAUUGACUCAAAGUUCCAACCUGGAUAUGCACAUGGACUGGGAUCAUUGCAAUUUCCAAAUGGAACAUCGCCGCUUGUGGCGAAAACAGCCAUUUAUGUGGGUAAUAUGGGGGCUGGAAUGGGAUGCGACGAACAUAAUUUAAAGACACCACCACCACCUCCGCUACCUCUCGUCUGUUAUCAUAACAACCUGUAUUUAGAAAAGGCAGAUGUUAUGAGAGACAAAACGCGUACCCGGGGUCUCAGACUGCAUCUCUUUACAGAAGGUAGCUCUGUAACAAGGGUAUUACUAGAGCCAAAGAAACGCUGCUUAACAAAAGAGGUGUUAUUUGGCGACACUUGUGAAGACGUGCUGAGCGCUUUGGGAGCACCGUCGCGAGUAUUUUUUAAAGCCGAGGACAAGAUGCGUAUUCAUAGUCCUCACGCGCACAAACGCGAUAAAAUAAGGCGGUCAGAUUUCUUUUACAACUAUUUUACCUUAGGACUGGAUGUUUUAUUCGAUGCCAAAACCCAGUGUGUUAAAAAAUUUGUAUUACACACAAAUUACCCAGGGCAUUAUAAUUUUAAUAUGUACCAUCGUUGCGAGUUCUCUUUAACUUUGCCACCGGAAAAUAAUUCCACCGAAUCGGGAAAGUUGAUUGAUGUUUCCCCUUCUCCAGUUACGAUCACUGCCUAUACUAAAUGGGAUAGAAUAAGUGAGCAAUUGAAGGCAAGCGCCCGACCAGUUGUGUUGAAUCGUGCUUCUUCGACGAAUACAACAAAUCCGUUUGGAUGUACCUUUUGUUACGGUAUACGCGACGCGAUCGUCGAAGUCAUGGCGAAUCAACAUAUUGCAAGUGUAACUCUGUAUAGAGCGGUGUGACAUCGAUAAUUUACACGAUAUGGUGCAUUAUAAAACGCUCUUUGAAGGGCAAACAAGGGAAUAACGUUGAGAAGAUGAACACACACUCAAAACAAGAAAAAAGAAAAAAUAGACAAGUUUUAACGUCACAGCAAUUGCAUAAUAACAUCUACUUAAAAAAAGACUGUAUAAUCAAAUAGGAAUAUCAAGAGUGAUGCGUGUUAAACACCGAGACAGUUUUUUUUCUAACACUAAUGUAUACACUGAGAAACAAAGAUGUUAGGUAAAAUUACAUAUUUACCGAGGAUGCAAUGCAGCGUGAAAAGCUCAGAAUCCAAAACGAUAUCAUUUUGAAUAUCAAAUACUGUUGCUUGUAACAUUUUACAUAUUUUCCUUGAAUUUAUCGAUCAAGGAAGUAAAAAAGUAAAAAUGCAAAAAAUAUGAAAAAAAAAACUGCAAAAAGACGAUCAACUAAGGGGUACAAGUGUCUGCAAUAUUCAAUAAUAUCAUAUUUAAUAUACCGUUUUUAUCUUUGGUUAUAAGUUUUAAGUAUAGUUAAAGAAAACACACAAAAAAAAACACAACACAGUCUUACAUGAGCGAUCAAUAUUGUAAUAUCUGAGCUCGAUAACAAUAAAAAGAAAAGAAUAAAAAAAAAAAAGGAAAGUAGUUCCAGACGAUUAAUAAGAAUUUUGAUAGUUGUGGAUAAAUCUACGAUGAUUGUAACGGUUAAUAAUCAUAAAAUAUAAUAAUGUGCUUAGUGCAAGUAAAGAAUUAACUUUCGUAAAAGAAAAUUUUGUAACGCGUGUUUAGAUGUAAUGGAAAGUGGAGACAAAAGAAAAGAAACAAUGAAUGAUGAUGCAGAAAUGAUUGAAUAUAGAGUUGACGAUGCAUCAUGCAUAAUGUUGUUGUGCAUAAACGUAAAAAUGUGGAUCAUAGUAAUGUUAGAUACACUUCACGUUCAUUUCUCAGCAACAUAGUAACGAAUUGUAUCUUAAAAGGGGAUUAACGAAACGAUAAACGUUUAUUGAAUAAUAAGAACCGCGUAUAUCAUCAGUUCAGGAGGAAUUAAACUCAUGGCCUGUUUUAUACACUCCUAUUUAUCAAACUCUGAUCAUUGUGAUACGCGAGAUUUCGAUGCCAGAUUAUUAUUACUAAUUACUUCUUUUUGCAUUAACACAAAAAAAAGAACGGAGUUAUGAUGUUUAGUUAAUAAUUACUUUCUUAUAUUUCUGUGCUAUUAGAUAAUAUUUGCGGUAUAAGUAUGCUCGCAAAAUUGGAUUUGUCUUUGAUGUGUUAGUCGUUAACAAUUGAAUCUGCCACCAUAAAUCUGCUGCAAAGCAGGUAAUCACAAUACCUCACGGAAAGUUUUUUUUUCUUUUUCUUUUUCCUACAAAUUCGAUUGAAUUUCACUUCGAUGUUACAUAGCACAAUCGUAUACCCUAUCUUGAAACUGUUCCCAUUAACUAUAGGGUAUAAAAUACAUAUGUUUUAUGUAUCGUAUAAACUUCGAUAGUUAAUAAUCUACAGCAAUUAUAAGAUCUAUAACGAGUAAUAAUCGUAAAUUAUAAAUAACGAACGACCAUUCAAUGGAACGUGAGAUACCAGCGAUAAUUACUUUGAUUAACACUUUUUACUGCACAGGUUUAUGGCAAACUUUCCUCAUAUAUUUAACUAGGUACAAAUUUGUGGUUCAUGUUUUAUAAAAAACAUAUAAGUCCUUGUCAAUUUUUCUAUUUUACUUCUUUCCUUGAACGACAAAUUAUCAUGUCUGCUUAAAGGUUGAAGUUUCAAUGCCAAAUGAAAUUAUUGCAUCAAGGGCUCGCGAUUAGCAAAGAAAAACAAAAUUAAACAAGAAUGUUAAUCGACGCAUAAAUGUACAAAACUUGAGAGAGGCAGGUGCUUGUGUAAUUAAUUCAAGCAUUCUACCUGCUUUUGUUUCUCAAAAUCCUGUUUUUGCUGAAAUACCUCCUAUUUGUCGACGCUAUGUCAAAAUGUUCUACGUGGAAAUUACUUUUUAAAUAAAUAUAUAGAGUAUAGAAUAAUUUGAACAGGUUUCACUGAAAUUUAUUGCAUACUAUUUUUUUUUUUUUUGUUUUUUUUCUUCUAAUCAAUCGUGAUAGUUGUAAUGAUAAUCAGUGAGUUGUUCAAAAAUUAUAUUCUCUAUAUAAUUAUUGUAAUAAUUCUCCUGGAGAAAAUCUCUCUCUAUUUAGUUUAUACUAAAUGAAUCAUUUUGUAACGAAUGGAUUAUAAAAUUAUGUAAAACGAUUUUGUAUAAAUCAUUCUUCUUCCGAAGCUCUGACUUUAACAGUCCUUAUGUACUUUUUUAAACAAAUUAUUCUUGAUUACAAUUAAAGUGGUAUUCACUUUGAACACCUCUAUGAACGCAAUAAAAUAGUAAAUUCUCUUUU